GCUAGUUUGUAAUCUUCGAAAUUUUUUUAUCACUCAACAUCACAACAAACAAGAUUUCGAAAAACUGAAAUGAAAAUUUAUGAAAAAUUUUUUGACUGUAAUAAGAUGAUUAGUCUGUUGAUCAAAAUUUUGAUUCACUGGAUGGAUUUCUGAACUUUCACUCAGGAACUUGGCACAUUUCGUGAGGUUUGACAUUAUGCAGUUCCAAUGUGAUAUCUGUCUUAGAGCUUACUCUACUAAUUUCAACCGAUUAAAACAUAUGCGAAAAGCUCACGAUAGAACUAUGUAUUUGAAGAAAUCUAACAUAUAUUGCAUAGAUUGCAAGAUGACGUUCAAAUAUUUGAAAGACUUGAGAAUUCAUCUAAUUCUGCAUCACGAUAUGGAAGAUCGCACUUUGGUCUUGCACUUUAAAAAUUUUUCUGAAUUCAAAGCAUGGAAACGUAAGGAAGAGGUUCUAACUUGUUACCAAUAUGUUGCUCUUCGUGGAGCUAUACGUCAUGCAAAUGGAUGUAUCAAGAAAGAGUUCACCUGUCACAGAUCUGGUUAUGAAAAACGGGUAGUUCCAAACAGCGCUAAACGUCAUUAUUCCCAUAAACUAAAUACCACUUGUCCUGCUUGUAUCGAAGCUGUACUAAAUACCGAUGGUUCGGUCACAGUUACAUUCUAUCGUAGCCAUAUUGAUCACAGUAAAGAUGUAAAAUUUUUGGCUAUAAGUAGAGAAGAACGCGCUGUUAUUGGUACCAAAUUAGCCGAAGGAUAUACUUUCAACGAAAUCUUGGAUUACAUCAAAAAUCUAUCCAACACCGAAGAAUUAUCGGCUAGAUUUUUCAAGCUCACACGAAAAGAUUUACACAACAUAAAAUAUUACUUCCAAUUACACGAUAAUUACCAAUUAGAUGAAAAAGACGGUGAAUUCAAACAAGUCAAAGAACCUUUUAUGCCAAUUGAUGGUAAAUUUAUCGAACAAGAUGUCCAAAGAAAUCAUAGACAAGGGUGUAAGAUUAAAAAAGAAGAUAUAUUCGCACAUCCUGAGAAACGUCUGGUUUGGAGUGUAAAAUCUUACGAAGUUGAAAUGUUGAAACCGUUGAUGUGCGAUUGCAACGUCAAGUGUUCCAUUUGUAAAGUCUGCGUUCACAUGUUCCAGUGCAACUGUUAUGAGGCGAAUUUCAACGACAAUACUAUUUGUUCUCACGUACACGCCUUAGUUAAGAAUUUCUUCAACGGUGAUAAUUCUUUGAUUCGCGCUUUUCUCAAAUCCGACGAUAAUUUGACUCACGUUACCAACGAACAGACUCCAUAUGAUGAUUAUAUCGAAGAAACGGUGGUCUUAACGAAUGAUCCAAACUCACUGAAUAUAAUCGAAAGUGCAGGUGACGAUGCGAGUAACAAAACGGAAAAUGAAGAUACGAAUGAUGUUGAAAAUAUCAUCGUGUAUUCGUUUGAAUUCGAUGGAAAUGAAAACCCCGAACCUUCGGUUUCUCUCUUAUUCGAUUUCCUCAAAUGUUCGCCCGGUGAAAAUGAAUCCUAAAAUUUUUUAAUUUUUUGUUCUAUGAUUAAUUCUACAGUAUAUAUUUUUUUUCAUUGUU